ACGAUUCCGAUUCCACCAGACACCUCUGCAACACCGUGUUGUUCCAUUUCCUCACCAACCUUCACGGCUACACCAGUAAAGAAGAAGGCUACCAAAGGCAAACUCCCUCCCCAAGACGCUUUGGCCAA